UGCCUUCAUAACGCGCCACGUCACUGCGUCCUGCACCCGCCCAUUCCCCUCCUCAGCGAAGACUUGGGGACAAAGAUGGCGCUCAACAGGAAUCAUUCGCAGAACGGUGGUAUUGUUGUCAAUAAUGGCGAGAGCAUUUUAAAAGAGUGCAAAGAUGUGGAGCUCUCAUUCAGUGACAUGACCGUUAAGUCUGAUUUCUUUAAGGGCACCAAGAAGGGAACGUUGUACUUGACCCCAUACAGGAUGAUCUUUCUGUCAAAAGGGACUAACUUCAUGCAAUCAUUCAUGAUGCCUUUCUACCUUGUGAAAGACUGUUCUAUUGAGCAACCUGUUUUCUCUGCGAAUUAUAUCAAGGGAACUAUUCGGGCCGAACCUGGAGGUGGAUGGGAAGGACAGGCCUCAUUCAAAUUGGUUUUUAACAGCGGUGGAGCCAUCGAAUUUGGACAACUGAUGUUCAAAGUUGCUCAACAAGCUUCCAGAGGUACUCCAGUACGGAAUGCUGCUUAUGGAUAUGCACCAAUGGCUGAUAUGGCUUUUGGAUUUGCCCCUGCAAAUGGCCCAUACCCAGCAAAUGGUCCAUACCCCUAUCAGCCACCUCCCAUGAAUGGGGGCUAUGGGCCUCCACCUGCACCAAUGGGAUACCAGUAUGGUCCUCCACCAGGUGCCUAUCCAUCUGCUCCUGCAAUGGACAUGUAUAUGCCACCACCACCUCCCUAUCCUGGACCACCUCCAGUCAGUGUGGUUGACCCUGGAUUGCCUGGUGGAGCUAAAGCAGCAGAAGCAGCUUCUAGUGCUUACUACAAUCCGUCCAAUCCUCACAGUGUCUACAUGCCAAUGGAUCAGCCCCCACCAUACACUCCAGCAGAGGGGAAGAAGAACAAUUGAAUCUGUUCAAAGUGCUGAUUCUUCCAAUUGUUUGUGAAAUGUACACUUUCUUAAACUCUGUUGUUAGAAGCUGCAUUUCUAUUCUAAACAAGCUGUUUCCUCGCCUCAUUCCACCAUCCAGCAGCAGAUUGCACCUUGGACUGCGCGUUCCCUUUUGAUAUCUUUGUUCUUAGACAGGCAUUGGGAAUGAUUUUGCAUGAAGUCCUACAGGAUCCUUUUCACUGGGAAAACUUAGAAUUCCUGUUGCCUUUUAAAAGCAAAAAUAUUCACCUAAUGUGACCAGUUUGCAGUUUUGGGAUAUUGCUGGUGUUCUGUGGCUAUCUAAAGCCAGCAGUUAGCAAGUGUUGAUGAAUUUCAUUCUUUAAACAGUGUAAAAAUGCAACUUGUAAUGACAGUAUAGUAUUGAAAAUAUACUAAGUUUAAUUAAAGGAAUUACUUUGUGAUGCAAGUGAAUGAACCGAUUCCUGCAAAAUCAUUUUGCUAUUUUAAAUACCGCUGUAAAAAUAGUCAUUUUGUUAUGAUGCUGUUUGACAUGUAAUCAGGCAGCAGCAUUUCUAGUCUUUAGAAUUUUUUGGUAUGGAAAGGUUGGAAUGAUUAGAAUCUGUUUUUAAUCUCUAUACAAAAUAUCUCUUCUAUAAGAAAAUAACUUAGACUAACCUUUUUAGGAAUGUUGCUGAGGAAUGCUUUGUAGGUUUGGUGGUUAGACAAAGUUCAUCCCCUUUAUCAUUUGAAUGAGCUACUUGAGGUCACCUUUUUUAAAAAUAUUAUUUAAAGGGGAUGGGGAAAAAUUCAGAUACACAUGUUUCUAGACACAGUAAUCUGAUCUGGGUUUGAUCCACUACAAUGGGUUUUGUAUUAACUUGAUACGACUUUGGCCUGAAGCUGUGCAAUACAAAUGUUGUUGCAAGAUCAAAGAUAUUUGAUCAUAAGCAUUUGAAACCUACGUAUUAGAGUUAUAGUAUUGUGAUUUGGUUAUUUAGCUAAAGAAUGAUGCACUGUAAAUAUACUUAAACCAAUACACUAUGCUGUUUGACUCUUUUUGGAUGACCUCCAGCACAACCCACUUUGAAUUUUUUAAUCAUUAAUCCUCUACUCAGUGUUUUAAAAGCAGUUCUAAAUGCUGCCUUCAACCACAAGAUAUGAAAUCACAAUCUAAAAAUGUUGUUGCUGAUGUUUUGCCACAGUUCCUGUGAUUUAUAAUUUGAAGACGGGUGUUUCAUUUAUACUCCCAAGUAUUAAGCUUCUCCUUUGGUUGCUGGGAACAUGCUCUUUCAUUGACUGGACCUUGUAUUCAUCUUUUUAAAAGCUCUUUGGCAUGUAGUGGCUUCUUUUUAUUUGUGUGUUUUUUUUGAGGAUGCUGUGAUUGUUUGGAUUGUUCAGAACAUACUGUGACUUGCAAAGAGCUAGAAAGAGCAUUUGCCCAUUUUUAGGAGCAAUCUAAACCCUAACUUGUAGUUUCUCCUACUUAUUGGCAUCAAAUGUGUCAACUGUACAACAAUAUAACUUGUUCUAAAAGAAAUAUGUGUACACUUAUUGAUAUUCCAGUUCCACUGAACCAGGGCAACCAUGAUGUGGUGAAUAAAUUAACUCCCGUGCUGAGUCUGAUCCAGGAGUGAUGCAGUUGCUACCUUUUUUGUUUCAUUCUGUCUUAUCUGCUCUACUCGGUAACCUAAGCUUUUCUUCUGCUUCAACCUUUUACGAUUCUCUUUCGCAACAGUUGACUGGACUGUGGAAGUUAAGACUGUUUAAGAGUACAAGCUGAUAAUCACUCGAAUGCUUAACUCCUUCAGAUUGUAGGGCUGCCUGAGCAUCACUCCUUGGUUUAUCAGUUUGAGCAAAAAAAGAUUUUGUUUAACUUACUUAAUAAUGAGGCCUCCAAAUGAUAGGAGAAAUCUAGUUUGUUGACAUUGGCCAGUUACAGGCCAGAAAUGGCAACAAAUCAACUGCUAUUCCAUUUAGCUAGCCAUCUUUGAUUCUUCACUCAUUUUCCAGCUAUGUUUAAUUCCACUUCACAGAAUCCUACUUUGUAGCCAAAUGCCUUUUUUUUUUGGAUUUCUAUAGACUGCCAGUCGUUCAUGCACUAUAAGAAAGGAAGCCGGUGAAAUUAAUGGAGGAUUUAUUGAAUUAAAAUAUGCUCUUGGGAUGAUUGUCACUGUGCCACAAUGUGAUUAAAGGCAAUUAAUUUUAUUGCAACUUUUAUCUUUCACUACAAUAAAUUAUGUAACAGGUUGUAGCUGUAAAACAAAUGGCCCUUGCACAAGGCUUUUACUGAGCUGCAAAUGCUGAUAACUUGCUAAAUGUUUCUUCAUUGCAUCUGUUUUGAAAAAUCGGAUACUGGAGGGAAAUCAUAAAUGUAAAUACUUUCAGAUCAUUAAAAUUAAUCAAAUCUAUUUCACUGACAAAGCACUGAGUCAGUGGAGCGAAGUCUGACUCUAUAUUGCAUUCAUUCCAUGGGCUACUCGACUGUUGUGUAUAGCAUGCACUGUAUGAUACUAAUGUCAUUUGUGAAAAAGCAAUUCGAUGUGUUUAAAAGUUUGUUGGAUAAACACCUAUAAUGUUGAGAGUGAGUAUCUGAUGCACUGAUUGUCAAAAGUCAGGUGCUGAGAGCAUUGGUUUUAUAUUGGUUGGUUUUCUUUUGGUCUCCCUGUAUUUAAACAUUUAAUGAGGGAUCCUUUUUUAGUAGUGACGUUUUGCUUUGGUGUCUUAAUGUUUUUUUUUGUUUUAUUAAAAUGAUCAGAUGUCUCCUGUAUGAAGAUGAUAGCUCUUCUUACCCUUCACACCAGAACACAUACCAACCUUCCAUGACUGCAUCCUCUUAACUAAUGUGGAUGUGUAAAGCAUUUCCAUGGAUAGAAUAAAUCUUAUUUUUCCAAAAUUCCCAUUGUAAUAGUGAGAGGCAUUAAUGAUGUGUAAAUUCAGCUAAUUGGACUAUUUAGCGAAUUCAGGCAUGUGCAUGUGCAGUUCUUUAAGCAGGACUUGUAGAAGGACUCUGCUUUAUUUUCAGCCAUAGCAAUUAAUUAAGGCAAUUAAGAAUGAAAGGUUACACAUUGUCUUAAGUGUGUGAAUUUGAGGAGUUUGAUGUGUUCACAAGUUUGUAGACUUCAGUGACGUUCAUCCCAUUAAAGAGAGAAAUGCUUUAAAUUUUGUAUUUCACUGAUUUCUCUUGUAUGCAUUGCAAGUAACAGUAUAACAGGAAAUUUGGAUAAUGCAUGUUGAAAAUGCUUUGCUUUGUGUCUUAUAUACACUGGCUUUUGAGCUUAUUGUUCUGAUUGCUAACACAAUACUGAGGUCUGUCCUCCAAGCUGAAGCCUCAAUGGAAGAGGAACACUAAUCCUGUAAAUUUAAGGACAGACCCACCCCCUCCUUCUUCCCUGCUUUCCCCCCCUCCCCAACCUUGCCAACAGAAAAGAAAUGUAUCUCUUCAAUGAAGACUUGUUUCGACUGUUUGUUGCCACUUCAGCACGAAAUGGGGCUUUCUGGGGGACUAUUUAAAAUUCUCAGUAUGUAAACAAAAUAAACUGCCCUUGAAAGAUUGGAGUGGGGGGAAAUUCCAGUAGCUCUUCUAGAAGUUGAUUGCUGCCAAUAAUCUAUUUAUCCCACAGUACACUUGGUUUUCUACAUUUUGUUCCAGUGGGGAGGGUGGGUGGAGGUUUGCACAGCUAGGGUUAGGAUGAGCAAACUUGCAUCACUCAUGAUAUUUUAUCAACUGUAGAAGAAACAUUAUUUGAGAAUGUUAAAAUGGAGGUGUAAAAUAUAAUGUAAAAUAGUUAAUAAUCCUUAGCUAUAGGAAAAAGAAUUAGAAAAUUCAAUAAUGUUUGCAAAUGAGAAAUAAAUUUGUACAAUAUUCUGUACUCUCCCUUCUCUGUACCUUUUGUUUUGAAGUACUGAAUUUCUGUAGACAGCUGCUUUGGUGGAAAAGCUGAUCUAUUUUUCAUCCUGCUGAUUUGAGUCUUUAACAAAACUGUGUUUACAGGAAUUAAUUUUGGGGCUGAUGAGAACAAAAUUAAUUGGCUCUAAUUAUUUAGAAUGGAAAGACAGAUGUUUAUAUACACCCCCUUGCAUUAAGUGCAAGUUGUGAUUGAAACAAAUCGAGCGCAGUUGUAAAACAAACUUGCUUAUUUGAACUGGAUUAAAAAUGGGCCAAUUAAAUUAGUUUCUGGUAGCAUAAUAAACUGCAUUUUUUUGUUUAACCCUAUACUUUUUUAACUGAAGAAUUAUAACUACUAGAUUUCUAAAAUGAAUGUGUUAAUUGUGUACAAGUCUGUAUGUAUGCUUCAGUAAAGCUUUACAACUUGUUAAUAAAUGCACCUAAAUAAAGGCACUUGUGUAAUGAA